AUGCCAUGACUCCGAGCAACCCAUGCGAAUCACGUGCAUUAAACAAUUCAAGUUCUUUAAGUUGGAAUCUUCAACUCAGCUGGCUUCCAGACCACGCCCUAUUCUGACUUGUCAUUGUUAGGUACCCAGAAGGCCACACCCUGCAUAUAUAUUAUUUAUUGACCACCUUGAGUUUGCUUCACAGGCCUCCCUUUCAACAACAAUGGCCAACCUCUCUCUAUCCAGCACUCUUCAGUUUCCUUUCAAACAAGACAUUUUCCAAUCCAGAAAAUGUUCCUCUGUGCAACUUCCAAGCCAAAACUCUCAACUCGGCCGAUCAAGAUCCAUAGAUAUCACAGGAAAAACAUCCACCAGUGCCAUACCUUGUGUCCUGUCCAAAACAAGCGAGUCGUUAACUUCCAUAAUCACAGAGCUCGAAAAGGAACAAGACCACGAAACCAAUACGAACACCAAAGAACCAGAGCGAAAACUGGCUGAUGUGUGGAGAGAAAUCCAGGGUCAAGAUGAUUGGGUUGGCCUUCUUGACCCAAUGGACCCACUCUUACGAUCGGAACUAAUCAGAUAUGGCGAGAUGGCGCAAGCUUGCUACGAUGCUUUCGAUUUUGAUCCAUUCUCAAAAUAUUGUGGCAGCUGCAGAUUUAUACGUCGCAGGUUUUUGGAGUCACUAGGAAUGGCACACCAUGGAUACGAGGUCACCAGGUACUUGUAUGCCACAUCAAACAUCGACCUUUCGAAUUUUUUCAAAAAAUCUCGUUGGCCUAAAGUCUGGAGCAACAAGGCCAACUGGAUUGGAUACGUCGCCGUUUCUGACGAUGAAACAACAAAAUGUUUAGGCCGCCGUGACAUUAGUAUUGCGUGGAGGGGCACGGUGACACAUCUAGAGUGGAUUUCUGACUUAAUGGACUUUCUCAAGCCAAUCAAUGGUAAUAAAAUCCCCUGCCCGGAUCCGACUGUCAAAGUCGAAUACGGAUUCUUGGAUCUUUACACGGACAAAGAUGAGAAUUGUCGAUUUUGUAAAUAUUCAGCUAGAGAGCAGAUUUUAUCGGAGGUGAAAAGGUUAACUGAGAUGUAUGCCGAUGAGGAAAUGAGCAUUACAAUUACCGGGCACAGUUUAGGCAGUGCUUUGGCUAUUCUAAGCGCGUACGAUAUUGCGGAAACGGGUUUACAUGUGAUGCAAGAUGGCCGGGCAUUGCCCGUUUCUGUGUUUUCCUUUUCAGGUCCUCGGGUCGGGAAUGUGAGGUUCAAGGAAAGGAUCGAGUCAUUGGGGGUCAAGGUUUUGAGGGUGGUUAACGUGCAGGAUAUGGUGCCUAAAUCACCUGGAUUGUUUUUUAAUGAACAAGUGCCGCCUCCGUUAAUGAAGUUGGCUGAGGGGCUGCCUUGGGCUUACUCGCAUGUUGGAGUGGAGCUGGCUCUGGAUCACAGGAACUCACCUUUCUUGAAACAAACGAGCGACCCGGCGUGCGCCCAUAACUUGGAGGCUCAUUUGCAUUUGCUUGAUGGGUACCAUGGAAAGGGGCACAGAUUUGUACUAGCAAGUGGAAGGGACCCUGCGUUGGUAAACAAGGCAUGUGAUUUUUUGAAAGAUCAUCAUCUGGUUCCACCAAACUGGAGGCAAGAUGAGAACAAGGGUAUGAUAAGGAAUAACGACGGUCGUUGGGUGCAACCUGAACGCCCAAAACUCGAUGAACACCCUCUCGACACGCACGACCAUCUCAGGAAAUUAGGCCUAGCAUCCGAUCACUAAAAAAUUCCACUUCCCUGACAUACAGCAAGGCAAUGGGUUGGCUGGUGUGGUUAUUUUUUUAGCUAUAAGUGUGUCAAGGAGGAAUUUCUGGACAGCCAGCGGAGAUAUUGUAAAAAACAAGAAGUAAAUUGGUAGUUUUAAUCUAUGGUUUUUUACUCUGUA